CCGGGGAUGUCACCGUGUCCCCUCCUGGCAGGUGGCAUUGCCCACGGCCCGCGGGGCCCCACCAGCUACUUCUACAUGCUGCCCAUGCGGGUGCGGGUGCUGGGGCUGAAGGUGGCCCUGAGCGUGAAGCUGAUGCAGGACGAGCUGCACGUGGUGGACAGCCUGGAGCUGCCCAGCAGCGACCCCCGGUACCUGCUGGAGCUGGCCCGGGCCCGGCGCUGGGGACACUCGGUGCUGCUGGUGGACACGUGA